CUUCGGUGUGACUGGAUGAAGUUCGGAGAGGCGGGACGGCAAGAUGAUUUCUGCAAGCCAACUGAGCAAUCCCUAAGUGGGCGAGCCCAGAGGAGCUAGAUCUGUGAUCCUAUUGGCUUCGGCGUCUGGGAGGUGGGGCGAGGCCUGCGGGGCGGAAGAAAACCUGGGAGGUCUCAGGCGAGCGCGAGCCGCACAGGAGGUGCCCGGCUUCGGGGACACAGGAUGGAGAAAGGUGAGGAUCCAGGAAGCCUGAUUAAAGUGGUCCACUUGCUGGUCUUGUCUGGUGCCUGGGGCAUGCAGAUGUGGGUGACCUUUGCCUCAGGCUUCCUGCUUUUCCGGAGCCUGCCUCGGCACACCUUUGGGCUCGUGCAGGGCACCCUCUUCCCGAUCUACUUUCACGUCUCCUUGGGGUGUGCCUUCGUCAACCUCUGCAUCUUGGCUCCACAGAGAGCCUGGAUCCACCUCACGCUUUGGGAAAUCAGUCAGCUCGCCCUACUGCUCCUGAGCCUCACGCUGGCCACCAUCAAUGCCCGCUGGCUGGAGCCCCGCACCACUGCCGUCAUGUGGGCCCUGCAGACCGUGGAGAAAGAGCGAGGCCUGGGGUCAGAGGUGCCCGGCAGACACCAGGGUCCCGACCCCUACCGCCAGCUUCGGGAGAAGGACCCCAAGUACAGUGCUCUCCGCCAGAAAUUUUUCCACUACCACGGCCUGUCUUCCCUCUGCAACCUGGGCUGCCUGCUGAGCAAUGGGUUCUGCCUUGCUAGUCUUGCCCUGGGACUCAAGAGCCUCUAACACAGGCCCUUGUGGCAAUAAAUGCUUCUUUGGA